GGCUGAUGUCGGUGUGCCUCAUAGUGGGGAAAACUGCAGCCCCCAGAUGGAAGCUGCUCUGACCAAGAAUACUGUGGACCCUGCAGAAGGCCUAGAACAAGUCCAGAUGGGAAGCUUACCUGGAACCAUUUCAGAAAAUUCUCCAUCUCCUAGUGAAAGAAACAGACGAGGAAAUUCAGAUCUAGUAACCAAUGGAUUAAUCAAUAAACCCCAACCCCUAGACAGUCGAGAGCGACAGAAGUCAUCAGAUAUCCUGGAGGAACUAAUUGUUCAAGGAAUUAUACAAAGCCACAGCAAAGUAUUUAGAAAUGGAGAAUCAUAUGAUGUCACGUUGACCACGACUGAGAAGCCAUUGAGAAAGCCACCUGCCAGACUGAAAAAACUCACGAUCAGAAAGCAAGUGAAAGAUUUCACAAUGAAGGACAUCAAGGAGAAGAUGGAGGCCGCCGAGGAGCGCAGGAAGACCAAAGAAGAAGAAAUAAGAAAAAGGUUACGGAGUGACCGACUUUUGCCUUCAGCCAAUCAUUCAGAUUCAGCUGAACUAGGUGGGGCUGAGGUUGCAUUUGCCAAAGGACUUCAAAGGGUGAGAUCUGCUGGAUUUGAACCAUCUGACCUGCAGGGAGGAAAACCAUUGAAGAGGAAAAAGAGUAAAAGUGAUGCAACCUUGAUUGAUAGAAACGAAAGUGAUGAAAGUUUUGGGGUCGUGGAGUCAGACAUGUCCUACAACCAAGAAGAUGACAUAGUCUACUAAGCCAUUUUUUGUGAAUUUCAUAAGAAAGCAUCCAUUCUCCCCAUUUGUGACAUUUGUAGUAUGUCUCAUAUUCUUUGACUGACUGACCUCAUUCCACUGGGAUUUCUGCCUUGGGCUUAAGGAUGAUUAUGUGGGUUGCACAGGCUGAAGAUCAGUUGAGUAAAUUAAGUAGCUAUGCUAGCUUUAAAAAAAUGAGCGAGGGGGAGACUUGACCAGCUAGAUAUUUGGCACUCUCCUUUGUGUGGCUUCAAACAUUAUGGAGAUGUCUUUAAUUUAUAAGUGCCUUCAGCUUACAUGAAUAAGUUCGUGCCAAAUGAAAUCCUUCCUGUUUACUCCUGCCUUGUGGCGGGGUCCAUCUUCUGCUGGUCCUUUAAGACAAAUUGCAUGGAUUUGUAUUAAGUAUUUUAAUGGUUUGUAUUUUUUUUUUGUUUUUUUUUUUUGUUUUUUUAAUUUUUUUCUCCGUGUUGUGAAGGAAUAAAGCAACGU